ACAAAGAUUUGUAAAAAGGAGAGAGAAAAUGGAGGGAGGGAAGAAAUCUCUAUCAGGUUCUUCAUUUGCUUGUGGCCUUUUUGGUUCAAUGAAAUCUGCUUCAUUUUGUGGGAUUUUCAGGUCACUUUUUGCAGCUCCUGAUAAGGUUCAGGGACAGGAGUCCAUGAAUUCAUUUGAAUCUGGGAAGAAAUCUGGCACUUCAAAUCAGGCUUGGAGUUCCACGACUCGAGCUCCAGAUAAGAACGCUACAAAUCCGAGCACUAAAAACCAAAGCCAGAGCAAACAAAGCGAGGACAUCAAUAUGUAUUUGCCAGAGGAGAAAAUAAAACCAUUUCAUUUCAGUUCAUCGAUAUACUAUGGUGGUCAAGACGUCUAUAAUUUCCCUGAGUGCACCAAUCGCUCUGGGUUUACCACUUCCAAAAAAGAUGAGGCAGAAGAUGACUCAGAGAUGGCUUCGAGAGGGGACUGGUGGCGGGGAUCUCUUUAUUAUUAACAGUUCAUCACCAUGGCAUGUGAUUUACGAAAUAAAUACCCAUAAAGGAUAUGAGAUUAGAAGAAGAUCGAUUGGAGGAGAAAGAAGCAAUGGUGAUGAAGGAGUCUGAUCAAUGUGGAGGUUGGACUGGAUGCUGUAUGUAUAUUAUUAUGGGAAUGAACACCUAUAGGUUGCGGUGGUAGUGUCACUCUUUAGGUAAGUUCACACCUAAGAGUCCCACCCAAGAGUUGGGUUGUAUGCCCAUAUAGUAUAUUUUGCUAUAAUAGAAUAAUAAUUUAUAAUAAAUAAAUUU